CUUUGUCUUCUCCCUUCUCAAACUUUCCGGGAAAAUCAAACUUUUCUCUCCGGCGACCCUCAAUCCUCUAAAUUUGAUUUUCUCUGGAAACCGCAAGGGAAUCUCCCGAAUUGGCAAACCCUAAUUCCCAAAACCCCAUGAUCUGUAGAUGGAUUGCAUUCAAUCCAAACAAAUUGUCCCGCGCGCUCUCUCCAUUCUCUUCCCUCUUCUCCACUAAACCCUCCUCCUCCGUCGCGGCGAGACUCGACGAAGAGCCGCUUCUCUCUGAUCAGAGAGAAGAUCACUACCGUGGGGAGAUUCUCUAUGGGAUGAGGAAGAUCGGGUUCCGCGAGUAUCUCCACGGGCGUGACUUCCGAGGCUUGCUCUCGGGUUUGAAGCAGGUCCACGUCGAAGAGAUCAUGUGCGAACUGAUGGGCGAAAGCUCGGAUCUUUCGGUUUGGUUUUUCAGAGAGCUGAAAGAUGUUUACGGGUUUCGACACUCGAGGCUCUCCUCGUUGUUGGUUUCGCAUGUUCUAGCUGGUCAGAGACGUUUCAGAGAGCUUCAAGUGGUUCUGGAACAGCUCCUCCAAGAAGAAGGCUCUGGUUCAGCAUCUUUACUCUGUGAGCUUCUCUCUAAUAACUUCGUAAAGUGGGAUUCUACGAAUAUAGUUUGGGAUAUGUUGCUGUUUCUCUCAUCGAGGUCUAACAUGGUUGAUGAUUCACUUUAUAUCCUGGAGAGGAUGAGGGAUCUGAACUUGAGCGUGUCUACACAAGCGUACAACUCAAUCUUGUAUAACUUCAGAGAAACAGAUAAGAUGUGGGACGUGUACAAGGGAAUCGAGUUUAAGAACGAACACACGUACUCCACAGUUGUAGAUGGAUUGUGCAGGCAACAGAAGCUAGAAGAUGCAGUUUCUUUCCUCAGGGAUUCCGAGUGGAAGGACGUUGGCCCCUCUGUAGUUUCUUUCAAUAGUAUAAUGUCAGGUUACUGUAAAUUGGGUUUUGUAGAUACGGCCAAGUCUUUCCUCUGUACAGUUUUGAAAUGUGGAUUGGUUCCUAGUGUGUAUAGCCACAACAUACUCAUCAACGGCCUCUGUCUAGCUGGUUCCAUCGGAGAAGCUUUGGAACUGGCUGGUGAUAUGAGUAUCAAGCAUGGAGUGGAGCCUGAUACUGUGACGUAUAAUAUCCUUGCGAAAGGGUUUCAUCUCCUCGGUAUGAUCAAAUGGGUUUGGGAGGUCAUUCAACAGAUGCUGGAUAAAGGUUUGACUCCUGAUGUUAUUACAUAUACUAUAUUACUGUGUGGUCAUUGCCAGUUGGGGAACAUCGACAAGGGUUUAAGACUGCUGAAGGAUAUGUUAUCAAGUGGGAUUGAGUUGAACAGUGUCAUCCCCUGCAGUGUAAUGCUCAGUGGUUUAUGUAAAACAGGACGAGUCGAAGAAGCUUUCUCCUUGUUCUAUAGAAUGAAAGACAAUGGUGUAAGACCUGAUAUCGUGGCGUAUUCUAUCGUGAUUCAUGGCCUCUGCAGAUUAGGAGAGCUUGAUAUGGCUAUUUGGCUCUACGACGAGAUGUGUUCCAAAAGAAUACUUCCAAAUUCUAGGACACACGGUGCUAUGCUGCUUGGUUUGUGUCGGAAAGGGAUGCUGCUCGAGGCGAGGGCGCUUCUCAACUCUCUGAUCUCAAGCGGCUGCGAGCUUGAUGUUAUUCUGUACAAUAUCGUAAUCGACGGUUACGCAAAGUCUGGUUGCGUAGAGGAGGCGUUGGAGUUGUUCAGGGGAGUGAUUGAGAGUGGGAUUACUCCUAACGUUGCAACUUUCAAUUCUUUGAUUUAUGGUUAUUGCAAGACUCGGAACAUAGCUGAGGCAAGAAAAGUAUUGGAUGCCAUCAAGUUAUAUGGAUUGGUUCCAACCGCUGUGAGCUAUACAACUCUGAUGAACGCGUAUGCUGACGUUGGAGAUACUGAGAGUGUUGACGAGCUGCGCCGAGAGAUGAAAGCAAAAGGAGUCCCACCAACCAACUUCACGUACUCUGUGAUUAUCAAGGGACUUUGCAUAGGGCGGAAACUCGAGAAAUACAACCAGGUACUGUUGGACAUGGCUUCUGAAGGUAUAGCUCCAGAUCAGAUCACUUACAAUACAGUUAUUCAGCAUCUGUGCAGGGUGAAAGAUUUGUUCAGAGCGUUUGAGUUGUUUGAAGAAAUGAAAUCUCGAAACCUUGAGCCUACGCCUGCCACUUAUGACAUU